AAUACACAUAACAUAAAAUGGCCCGUACUAAGCAAACCGCUCGCAAGUCUACUGGUGGCAAGGCCCCCCGUAAGCAGUUGGCCACCAAGGCUGCCCGCAAGUCCGCCCCUUCCACCGGUGGUGUCAAGAAGCCCCAUCGUUACAGACCUGGUACUGUUGCUCUCCGUGAGAUCCGUCGUUACCAGAAGUCUACUGAGCUCUUGAUCCGCAAGUUGCCUUUCCAGCGUCUUGUCCGUGAAAUUGCCCAGGACUUCAAGACCGACUUGCGUUUCCAGUCCUCUGCUAUCGGUGCCCUUCAGGAGGCUUCCGAGGCUUACCUCGUCUCUCUCUUCGAAGACACCAACUUGGCUGCCAUCCACGCCAAGCGCGUCACCAUCCAGCCCAAGGAUAUCCAGUUGGCCCGUCGUCUCCGUGGCACAAAGAAAUUUUCGUCACAAUUACUGUGUGACUUGUGUAAAGAAAAGUUCAAGCUCAAAAAUAAAAAAUACGUAGAAGUUUUGAGUUUCAGACAGUUACUCAAACGAAAAUAUCUAUUUCAAUUGACUGAUUACUUGUAA